AUGCAAGCCAUUACUCCUGUUGAUGUUCAUGUUGGAAAUGAACGACGGAAAGAAUCAAACGUUAAAAAAAAUACUCAAACAUCUAUUCGUCGAGGUCGACAAAUGCCUCGAAUGCAUACACGUGUUAUGAACAAAGCUAAAACUACGAAAACAAAACCUAUAUUAUCACCAUCAUCUCAUAUUCCUAAACGAGCUGUUAUUCCUAAAUUAAUUGUACCAGCAAACUCUCGAAGUUCAUCAUCGAAUCGAGAACCAUGGGUUCCAGCACCAGGUCGUUCAACGAAAGGGCAAAAAGUUUCUUGGCAGAAUACAACAUCACGUUUAGAAAUCAAUCCAGUUACAGAAAUUUUACUUGAUGACGAAGAUAGUUGGAAUACGGAACAUGAUAAACACAAUACAACAAUUAAUUCUCAAAAAUCAAAAAUUUUACGUUCAAAAUCCUUAUCACCAAUACGUAAUAGUAAUCGUUCAUCAAGUCUUGAUGAACAACGACGAAGACGAAGUACAACACCGAAAGUUUCAUUUCAUGAUGAUUCAAUUAUUGAAAGACAACGAACGCGUAGUACAACACCAAUACAAGGUCCAAUUCAUCUUAGUUCAGAUCGAGAACAAUUAUUAAUAACAUUAGCAGAUUCUGAAGCUGAUAUUGCACAAAUUACAAAAAAAUUAUCUUCACUGACAGAGAUUCUAAGAAAAUUUAAACUCGAUGAUCAAACAGUAUCGUUCGACGUUGAACAAUUGUAUCAACAACGAAAUGAACUAUUGCAUUCGAUUGAACAAUUUGGACGUUCAAAUAGUAAACUUAAAAAAUUUCUUCAACAUCAAUAUCAUUUAGAAGCUGAACAUGGUAUUAUUUAUGAUAAAUAUUAUACAUUAGAAACACAUUUACAUGAAAUUGCAAAUGAGAAUAAAAAAAUAAGACGUUUAUUAAGUGAUCGAGAAAAUGAUAAUAUUGCUUUACAAACAGAACUUGAACAUAUAAAAACACAAACUGUUGGUUUUGAUACAAUGAAAACAUCAUUAGAACAUAAUCGUGCUCAUCUUCAACGUGAAUUAUAUUCAAAAGAAGGAGAAAUUCAUCGAUUACAAUGUGCUCUACGAUCAUUAGAACGUGAUCUUCAACGUAGUCAUUGUCAAUGCGGUAAUUUUCAUCGAUCUAUGAAAUAUAAACCAAGAUAUUCUAUUUCUUCUUGUUCAUCUUCAUCAAAUAUUACAAAUAAACCAAAGGCAAUAACAAUUGAAAGAUUACAAAAUGAAUUAAAUGAUCGUGAUCAUGAAAUAAAUCAAUUAAAAAGAAAAUUACAUGAUAAUAAUAAUACUACUACCAAUGAACAAAAAGAUGAUACAAAUUCAGAAAUUCUACGUUUAAAAACAAAACUUGAAGAAACGGAACAGUUAGUCAAUGAAUAUAGAGCACAAUUACAAACUCAAACAUUUAAAGCAUCAGCUAAUCAUAGUAAAAAUCAUUUAUCUGAAAUUGAAUUAGAAAAAAUUCGUAAUCGAUUACAAAAACGUAUUGAAGAACUUGAACCAUUACCUGAAUUAUUAAAACAAGCUGAAGUAGAAAGAGAAAAACUUCAAAAAGAUAUUGAUGAACUUAGAAAAUAUUUACCUCAACAAUCAAAUUUUCUAACUGAUCAAGUUAAAUCUAAUCGUUUUUCAUCUAAUGAUGAUAUUCGUACCCUUCAACGACAAAUAAUUUCAUUAGAAGAAGAAAAUGAAAAAUUAAUAAAAAUGCUUAAUGCAAAAGAAGAAGAAUUACGAAAUGCACAACAUCGUCUCAAUGCUAAAACAUAUGAAUUACCAUCAAUGAAUAAACAAAAUGAUUUGAAAAAACCAGAUUUUAGAUUUCAAGAUGAUACAUAUGGUUCUAAUGAACGUUUUCUUUCAAAAGAUGCAUUUAAUCUUGAACAACAAAUAUCAAGACUCCGUCGUGAAUAUUCACAAUUAAAACAAGAAAAAGAUGAACUUGAACGACGUUUUGCAACACAAUUAGCUGAAUUACGUGAUAAACUCGAACAAUCGAAUAAUAGAAAUCGAACAAUGCAAAGUUAUAUUAAUUCAAUUAAAACAGCAUAUACAACGCUUUUUAAUGAUACACUUCCAACAUCUUUCACACGAUAUACAACAACAUAA